AUGCGGCAGUGCGUGCGGCGGCGGCUGGGGGCCGGGCCCGCCCGCGUGCAGACUCUGAUUGGCUGGCUGGCGGUGAGGACGGUUGGCAAGCUGGGCUUGCGUGAGGGCGGAAGUGCUGGGUUUACGGACGCUUUAGUAAGGGCGGAAGUGAAGGCCUCAGCGGAAGUUGCGCCAGUAAAGGUGGAAGUAGUGUCUCCCGCGCGGGAUCUGGGGUUAUCCCCAGCUGGGCUGCUGGCGGCCCGGUCUGCUGCAAUGGAACUCAGCGCCGAGUACCUCCGGGAAAAGCUGCAGAGGAACCUGGAGGCAGAGCACGUGGAAGUGGAGGACACGACUCCCAACCGUUGCGCGUCCAGCUUCCGAGUCCUGGUGGUGUCGGCCAAGUUCGAGGGGAAGCCGCUGCUUCAGAGACACCGGCUGGUGAACUCGUGCCUAGCAGAAGAGCUCCCGCAUAUCCAUGCCUUUGAACAGAAAACGCUGACCCCAGAGCAGUGGGCCCGUGAGCGGCAGAAAUAAAGGACCAGGACCUGCACAGCCAUUAAAUUAUUAAUCAGGGCCA